AUGGCUGCUCUUGCAGUUAAAGAAAGUUGUGCAGAUUCUGUCCCUACUCCCACCAUUGUGUUAGACUCUGGGUACAUCAAUGUACCUAUGUCUGUCGUAGUACGCUAUUCCAUUGGAAUACCCUGGAUUUUUGUGGAAAAUACAGGAACUCACUUAAGUCUUCGGUGUGAGGCCAAGCAUGCUGGUACCUCAUGCUACUAUUACUUGAACAACACCGAGUCCCCCUUUAAAAGUCAGCCCUACAAAGACAACGUCUGUGUUGGGAAAGUAUCGGGAAAGGAUCUGCUUAGGAAGAGGAGCAGUGCUGGAGAGAUCUUCAUCACCUGUGCUGUGGAGCUGGUGGUAGAGGGUGGAGAUACUGUGACAUCACAGCAUAGUGAACCGUUCAAGAUUGCCAUAGAUGACUCUCCUGGGCCCACCACUUCCUUAUCAACAUUCAGUACCAACAAAACCAGUGUAACUAAUGGAGAAGAGUCCUCCUCAGAGUUCCCUCUCUACAUCAGUCUGAGUGUUGGGGCCUUUAGCCUUAUUCUGCUGGUUGUAUCUGUCCUGUGUUUUCUCCGGUACAAGCGAGGUACAUGCAUUCAAAUACUGAUACUUCAAGGCUUAAUUUGUUCCAAUGUCCAUUUUGAGUUAUUUGUGUAUUAUACAUGUGAAAUAUUUAUUUUUGAAGGUGAUCAACAAGACUGGUCUGCCAAUAGAUCGCAAUGGAACCAGAACAAAGAAGUUAUCUGUAAGUAUGAAAGGAAACCUACCACAACAUAUUAAUUUCUCAGAAAAGUGGUUAUAUUCAGUGCUCUACAUUUCACCUUUCUCUUAUUUGAAACAGAAUGCAAAUUAAUUCCACAAGGCGGUCUGAAUGUGGGGGAUGUGACCAUGCUGCGUUGUACUAGUUUAAGUGUAAGUGGUAACAGUUCACCUGUUGAUGAACUUCCUCCACAUCCGUUCUCUGCUUCCUGAUUUACAUAUCUGCCACUCUCUGCUCUUCAUGUAGUCUGACACCCUCUGUUACUCUCAGAUGAAUGGUGUAAUAUCUUACUGGGCAAGAAAUAGAUAUGCAUAGGUUUUAAGACAUGAUCUAUUUGAAGUUUCACAUUGUUUGUAUAUAAGGGUAAAUACCUGUGUUCUUUUAUUGCCUUGUCUUUUUUUAACGCUUUUGUUAUUUUAUUACUCUUUUUGAUCAACUUUGUAUAUUGAUAGUUUUGCUACUCUACAUUUAUUCUGCACUUUUGAGGAAGAGCUGAAAGUAAGCAUUUCACUGUGCCAUUCCACCUUCUGUACUCUGUGCAUGUGACAAAUAAACAUUUAUUUAACGUGUAGAUUGUGUAGAUUAGUUUUAACAUACUGGCAUACAAUUUUCCUUUUCUGUACAG